AUGGACAUCAACGAAACUCAAUUAAAGCAACGCAAAGCCGUCUCUGCUGGUACCUCGACUCAGCGUCUGGAGAUCGACCCUGCCACAGAAAAGAGACUCGUCCGCAAACUUGAUGUUUCUAUCAUUCCACCCGUUACGUUACUAUACUUGUUCAGCUUUCUGGAUCGUGUCAACAUAGGCAAUGCUCGCCUAUAUGGACUGGAAGAGGACCUCAAUCUGUCGUCUGAACAAUACCAGACCGCAGUGUCAUUACUGUUUGUGACAUACCUGCUCUUCGAGUUGCCUUCAAACAUCAUCUUGAAACGCUAUUGUCGACCUUCAAGAUGGAUAGCUUUCAUCUCCGUUUGCUGGGGCAUCAUUGCGACCCUGACCGGUAUCGUGCAAUCUUUUGGUGGACUUAUUACUUGUAGGCUGCUCCUGGGACUCUUCGAAUCGGGUCUGUUCCCUGGAUUGGCAGUAUAUCUCUCAUUCUUCUACACCAAGAGAGAGAUUGGGCUUCGAAUUGGCUACCUCUUUGUUAGUGCGGCCUUAGCUGGCGCGUUCGGAGGCUUGCUUGCUUAUGGCAUCGGUCACAUGGACGGUGUGUCUGGUCAAAGUGGAUGGCGCUGGAUCUUCAUCCUCGAAGGAAUACCUACAUUCGUCCUUGGUAUUGCAUGUUGGUGGUGGCUAGCAGAUGGUCCAGAGACCGCCUGGUUCCUUACCCAAGAAGAGAAAAGGCUCAUGGAGAUUCGCCGUUUACAACAAACCGGCGUGACUGACGAGUUUGCCUGGCAGGACGUGCGAGCUGGACUCAAGGACUGGAAGAUGUGGGCAUUCUGCUGCGCUCUGUUCGGUGCCGACACUAUGCUCUACGGCUACUCGACCUUCCUGCCUACCAUCAUCAAGAACAUCGAUCCCUCGUACUCGAGCGCUCUGGUACAAGUUCUCACCAUUCCUUGUUAUGCAGUCGGCGCAAUCAGCUAUCUGUUCAUGGCACGCAUCUCGGACUGGUCGCAGAAGCGUGGCAUCUACACGAUCAUUUUCGGCAUAGUCUCCAUUGUCGGCUACGCGAUGCUGAUCUCAGACGGCGGCGCAGGUGUCCACUACGCCGGCUGCUUCCUUGUUGCCUUGGGUCUAUACGUCGCCGUCGGCCUGCCCAUCGCUUGGCUACUGGCCAACAAUCCUCGCUUCGGCAAACGCACCACAGCCACUGGCUUGCAACUCAUGUUUGGCAACUGCGCUGGCAUCAUGUCGUCGUUUCUGUACCCCAAACAGGAAGGCCCUCGUUUCAUCAGAGGCCAUGCCGUUUCGUUGGGCAUGGUGUCCUUUGCUAUGAUCGUGUAUGCAUUCAUGUGGUGGUACUUUGGGCAUGAGAACAAGAAGAGGAUUAAUGGCGAGCGUGAUUACAAGAUUGAAGAUUUGAACGACGAAGAGAUUGCUGAUCUGGGUGAUGAGAAUCCCAAGUUCUUGUACUCCAUUUGA